GGGACAAGUGAGUUUUAGCCUUUGCCAUUAUGUCGAAGCAUAAAGUAUCACCCGAAUGGAAGAAACGUGUGAAAACGGAGUACAUGAGAAUCAGGCAGAGCAAGCGUCAUAAAAAGGUGGACGAUGUACGUUCCGCUUGGAAUCGGAACAGGCAAGCAUUGCUAAACAUGCUAGUUGCGGAAAACGACACUUGGCUGUCAACGAAUGCUACCUGGGUUCAAUGCGAAGUAGAGCAGCUGCCCCACGUCCAUUGCAUGAAGAAAGCGGAGGUGAUUGACCAAGAAGGCAAUCAUCAGAAUGUACCAAUUCGCAUAGUUAAUGCCGUAACAACGAUUCCAACCAUGUACACGUGGGCUCCGACACAACAGAAUUUUAUGGUAGAAGACGAGACAGUGCUGCACAACAUACCGUACAUGGGUGACGAAGUUCUUGAUAAAGAUGGAUCGUUCAUUGAAGAGUUGAUUAAAAACUACGAUGGGAAGGUGCAUUGCGAUAAAGAGGACAGCAUUGACGACGCUAUGUUUGUUGAGUUAGUACAUACGCUAAUGCAGUACACAAAUAAGGCAAUCAAUGCAGAUGAGCAACCCACGCAUUCUAAAGCCACCACGGGUGAAAAAUCGCCAAUUGGUAUCGUUGAGCAAGCUGCCGGAAGAGUCCAAGCUACUAGAAAAGGGGGAAAAGAGAAAGAGUACGAGGAAAAGUUGGACGAUGCGGAUGUGAAAUCAAGCGAGGAAACGUUGUCGUCGGAUCUGAUCGAAACGCGAAAGCAGGGUGCAGCAUGCCUGAAAGCUUUUCCGCCGGCAAUAAUCUUUCAGGCUAUAAGUUCUCAAUUCCCAGAAAACGGCACAGGGGAAGAGCUGAGAGAAAAGUACAUCGAAUUAACCGAACGCGUUGAUCCGGAACGACCGCCCGAAUGCACCCCGAACAUCGAUGGACCAAGGGCAGAAUCGGUAUCGCGAGAGCAAACACUCCAUUCUUACCACACACUUUUCUGUAGACGAUGCUUUAAGUACGACUGUUUCUUACACCGUCUGCAAGCUUGUCAUCCUGGCCCAAAUCUUCAGCGACGUAGAUGGCCAGAAUUGAAACCCCCGGGAAAAGCAUGCAGUGAUACGUGCUAUUUGCUGUUGGAUGGCAUUAAGGAGGAGAUAUGUUUAGUUAACACAAGCAAAUCUCCUGUAAUAGUAGACUCUGAUAAUGAGGCGUGUUCGGAAGAUAGCUACGAUAGCAGCCAAUACAGCAAGGAUGCAACGUUUGCAAAAUCUGCUAAAAAUGGAAGCAAUUUGUUCGAAAUUUUCGACGCUAAAGACACCGAAUGGAAUGGUUCGGAUAAAUCAUUCUUCCGAACGCUGCAAAAAACCUAUCUCAAUAACUACUGUGCUAUUGCCGAGGCAAUGCUGGUGAAAACUUGUCAACAGGUGUAUCAAUUCGCGCAGCAAGAAGCUGCCGCCUUUCCACCUAUCGAGCUUAACAAGGAUAGUACGCCACCGCGAAAGAAGAAGAAGAAGCAUCGCCUUUGGUCGGUACACUGUCGUAAGAUUCAGUUGCGAAAAGAAUCCAGCUCAAAUCAUGUAUACAACUAUUCGCCUUGUGAUCAUCCGGGGCAAUGUGAUGCAAACUGUCCGUGCUACAGUGCGCAGAACUUUUGUGAAAAGUUCUGCAACUGCAGCAGUGACUGCCAAAACCGGUUUCCCGGAUGCCGCUGCAAGGCGCAGUGUAAUACGAAGCAAUGUCCAUGCUACUUGGCCGUGCGUGAAUGCGACCCUGACCUGUGCCAGACGUGUGGGGCCGAACACUACGAAAUUGGCAAAAUUACUUGCAAAAACGUCAGCGUUCAGAGAGCUUUACAUAAGCACCUGCUAAUGGCACCAUCCGAUGUGGCUGGAUGGGGAAUAUUCCUCAAAGAAAGCGCUCAGAAAAAUGAAUUUAUUUCGGAAUACUGUGGAGAAAUAAUAUCGCAAGAUGAAGCCGAUCGCCGUGGCAAAGUGUACGAUAAGUAUAUGUGCAGCUUUCUUUUCAAUCUUAACAACGAUUUCGUUGUAGACGCCACUAGAAAGGGAAACAAGAUACGAUUUGCCAACCAUUCAAUCAAUCCGAACUGCUACGCUAAGGUAAUGAUGGUAAAUGGUGACCACCGUAUCGGCAUCUUUGCAAAACGUGCGAUACAACCGGGAGAGGAAUUAUUCUUCGAUUACCGUUACGGGCCAACGGAACAGCUAAAGUUUGUUGGGAUCGAGCGAGAAAUGGAAUUUCUUUAGAUGUUGAGUACA